UAUAUAUUCAUCAUGCCUGCGUGUAUUCGUCGCUGACAUACGAGACGACAAUAGCUUGCUGUAACGUUCGACAAAGGGUGAGAAGAUGUGUAGCAUGUUGGAAUACCUGUUAAUUUUAUGCGAAACUGUGUGAUAAAAGCAGUUUGAUCAACCAUGGCAAUCAAUGGCCAAAGCAAGAUCCUGCUGGUGGCAGCUAUUGACUUUGGAACCACAUACAGUGGUUAUGCCUUCUCCUUCCGAGACGACCCCAAUAAUAUUCAGACAAAUCAGAACUGGUACGCACGAGCAGGAGCUUCCAACUUUGUUUCACUUAAGACGCCUACUUCCGUCCUCCUAAAUCCAGAGGGAGGCUUUGACAAGUUUGGUUUCGAGGCCGAGGACAAGUACGCAGCCCUAGCUGAAGAUGAUGUGCACCAAGGAUGGAGGCUUUUUCGGAGGUUUAAGAUGGUUUUGCAUAGCAAUAAGUACUUGACAAGAGAUAUUACGGUGGAGGACUUUUGCGGAAAACAGAUGACUGCUUUCCCGUUGUUCGUCAUGUCCAUCAAAUACCUGAGAGAACACUUAUUGGAGGCUUUUACUAGGAAAAACAUAAACAUUGUGGAGACAGACAUUUUGUACGUGCUGACCGUCCCGGCUAUCUGGGAUGACAAUGCUAAGGGAUUUAUGAGGGAUGCGGCAGUAACAGCUGGAGUAGACCCAAGCCGCCUUCAGCUGGCCUUGGAGCCUGAGUGUGCCUCUGUCUGGUGCGAGACGCUAGGUAUGGAUGUUAAGGGCGCUGUAGCGAUUCAAGGAUCGCAGUAUAUGGUAGUCGAUCUUGGAGGAGGCACCGCAGAUAUAUCUGUUCAUGAAAGAAAACCAGAUGGAACCCUGAAGGAAAUCCACAAAGCCAGUGGGGGUCCAUGGGGAGGUAUCUGUGUUGAUGAAAAUUACAUGAACACGAUUAAUGCAUUAUUUGGCGAUAAAGCUCUCACUGACCUUCGAAAGACGGAAAUGAAUGAUUAUUUCGACGUCACCCGAGAUUUUGAACGUAAGAAACGGUCAUUUGACAUUGAAAAGACAACGCAUAUAAUUGUUCGUAUUUCAGCCUCGCUGAAGGAUCUUGCUGAAAAGUAUUCACCAAAAUCUUUACAAGGAACGAAUUGCGUCCUUAAAAGUGCGGGAAAAGGCCAUCAUUAG